AAUUUCAGUAGCCGUUGAUACUAGUGCGUUAAAAAAGUUGCUAAUAUGAGUGUGAACAGAGAAGUGAGAAAGCCGUCCAUAGUUGAUACGUGGUAGUGAAGUUAUUUAAAUUUCGGAAUCUUAUUUGUGUUAAUUAUGCGUUCCUCGUUAUCGUGAUAUUUUAUUUAAAGUAUUUUGAAAUUCAUGGUUAAUGCUUUUUUUCGUGACUUUAAAUAUACGGUAGAAGGAUUCUUUGAAAAGAUUUAUGUCUACAGAAAUUUUUUGCUGAAGACACAAUGGAAGAUGAAAUUGAAGAGAUGGACCCCUUGGAAAUUGAGCCACCUGUUUCAAGGAGGUCUUUGAGAACAGCCCAGGCGGCAGAACGUAACAAGAUUGUUAACAACAGUAGGUGUGAGCAUUGCAAUAGGACAUUUGCUAACCCAGCGGGUCUCAAGAGGCAUUUAAGGUUCUGUCAGAAGAAUCGCCAAGUAGCCAAUGAAGUGAAACAAGUUAAACAGGAAAUGCCUGCUGUUGACACUGGUGCAUCUUCGGAGGUGACUGAGGAUGAUCCAGAGGAGGCAGACAUGUCACUGCGAGACCAAAUGAAAGGAGUAAUGCUGAGCAAGGUUAAUGAGCUGAUUGAUGAGACUACUGCCUCUGGACCUGUUAAGUGUCAUUGCUGUGGAGAGGAUCUGGAGACUGCACACGUUGGGGGAGAGUUUGAGUGCGUCGACUGCGCCAAGUUCUUCAAGUUGAAGUCCAGCCUUGAGAGGCACCGCAGAGUCAUCCACUUCGAAGGGGACACGUACGAGUGUCCGGAAUGUGGUGCCCGCUGCCCCGACAAGGGAACUCUAGCUCGGCACAUUUACACCCACACAGGUUUAAAGCCUUAUUCAUGCUCUCGGUGCAACAGACAGUUCAGCCGGAAAUACCACCUGGAGCGUCACGUUAUUCAAACUGGCUGUGAUGGAAACCCUAAACCUUCACACCCUUGUCAGGUGUGUGGGCGGAUGUUCAGCCGGAAGGACAACCUGCGAGAGCACCUUCGCGCCCACGCGGGCCAGGUGAAGCAGAAGAAGAAGUUCACCUGCGUGCACUGCGACAAGGUGUUCCACGGCUCCACCCUGCUCCACAUCCACAUGCGCACGCACACAGGAGAGCGGCCGUAUCACUGUGAUUUCUGCCCUAAACGUUUCCCGUCGAGCGGUGCCAUGAAGAAGCACAGGCGUAUGCACACUGGUGAGCGGCCGUACGAAUGCAAGGAGUGUUUCGCCAAGUUCUCGGCGAAGGAGACGCUGAACCGCCACAUCAGGACCCACACUGGCGUGAAGCCUCACUCCUGCCAGUACUGCGGGAAGAGCUUCAUCCAGGCGUCUCAGCUGCGAGCUCACAUUUUCCACCACACUGGUGAGAAUGGUUUUACUUGUGGACACUGCCAGAAAGCAUUCAACCGACGGGCCCGCCUGAUCUUGCACGUCAAGUUUGUUCAUGAGGGAGCCAAGCCUUUCGAAUGCACCAAAUGCAAGCGGACAUUUGUGCGCAAGGAAGAUCUAGCUCGUCAUGACGUACUGCAUUCUGGCGUUAAAGCUCACAAGUGCCCCAUUUCUAUUUGUGAGAAGUCAUUUGCUAUGAAGUCUUCCUUGAAAAUCCAUCUUUUGACUCACACCAAGGAGCCGCCGCGCUCGUGCGAGGAGUGCGGCCGGGCCUUCAUCCGGCAGGACUGCCUGCUGCGCCACAUGCGCACCAAGCACCGCGACAUGCUGGAGGAGAUCCUGGCCGAGGCGGAGAAGAAGAAGCUGCAGCAGCAGCAGCUGCUGGCGGCGGCCGGCGCGGGGCCCGCCCGGGGCGUGGCCAAGGGCGAGGGGCCCGGCGCCCAGGCGGGAGAGGCGGGCGUGCUGGGCGACGAGGCCCUGGCAGACUCGGUGCGCGAGCUGCUCACCCUGCUGGUCGACGAGGCCACGCUCAAGGGAUUCGGAUGGCCCAAUGCACCGGUUGAUCGUCUCUUGGAGGCCGUCAUCAAGCGCUGCGGCCACCAGCCGAUGGGGUCGGAUGACCUGGGCUACACGGACCGGCUGCGCGAGAACGCCAAACUGCUCUUCACGGUGGUCAUUGACGACUCUGCCGUGAAGACGCUCUUGAACAACCAGACGGUGGACGAGGUCAUCUUGCACGUUUUGCGCCUUGCCAAAUCGUGAAGCUCGGCCUGCCAAGAGGACGUAGUGUUUCGUGUGCUUCGAAGCACUCGAGGAUAACUGGAGUCAUAGAGGGAAGACACUUACAGAUUCACUUAGUUUGUUUCCUUAACUGUGGGGGUUUGUCUCAAGAAAUAAUUGCAUUUCAUUAGUAAUUUUUAUUUUUUUUUAUGGUAUUGAAGUGUAGAACCACUACACGCGUAUUAGGUUAAGUUUCAAAAUACAGUGGGGUCUAUAUGAACUAUGUAAUUUUAAUCAAAUGUUAAUAAAUGCUUUAUUUUAAACAAAGUGCACAUUUUGCGGAUCAUGUUUUAUCAGAAUUAUUUUAUGUCUUUAUAAAGGUUACUGACAGUCAGCCGAUGAUCUAAACUACGUAGGCAAGUAAGUGUACUUGCAGUGAGAAAAAUUUAUUUGACAUCAUGUGUUAUUCUGCAUUUUUUUUGUUGAUAAGAUUUGAAUGUGUUUAUUGCAGUAAAAUAUGAGUUCUGACUGUUUUUUUGAAUAAUCCUUAUUUGUAUGGAUAGUUAUUUUCUUCAUUACUGUUAUUAUUUAUUUGAUGUAUGUGUUCAAUUGUAAUAAUAUCAAUGCCAAAAAUAAUAAAUAGUGAAAAUUGAAGUUCUGUGGCAUAUUUCAAUGGUCCUCAUUAUUAAAUGGAAGUGGCUAGUAUUUCACAUUUUGUGUCAGCAACAGUCGAAGAAUGCAUGAUCUGGAGACCUGUCGAUUGUUGCAACAGUACUUAGCUGAGCAGAAAAUUAUUUUCUUAAAUGGUGUAGUUUUGUUGUGAUGUACAUGAGUUAAGUGGUAUACAUAUGUACUACUAAUAAAAACAUCUUCCUGACCACAGCAUGUCCCUUUCCUGAAAAAUAAUUUAUUUUAUGAGGUCUUGGGACAGCACUUACAGAGAUGUGCUCAAUGCAUCAGCAAGAGAUUGGAACCGAGUAAAUUUCAUUGAAUUAGUAACUUUGGAAACCCCAAUUAUUUUACAAUUUAUUAAAGGGACAGGAAAACAUGGUGCAAAAAAACGUGUUUAUGAGGGUAAUGGCUGCUGGAAAUACUACUCAUGCUUUAAAAUAAUUAUUUUUGAAAACAAAUUUUUCGGGAAUGAUAUUAUUUAAUACUGAAGUAUAAAAAUGAAAUAAGUUAAUUAUAUGGUUAUUAUAAUUCGAUCUGCCUGUGUCCGUGAUUCAUUACUUAAUGAAAGUUGUACCACUGUCACUGCUGUUAAUAAAGUGUACUACCUGUAUUGACCUGUACUCAAUAAUAAACCAUAGCUGCAGUAAAUAA